UUUUUCAAACCAUAAUCACUAUCCUGGAAAUUCCCCUUCAUUUUACAUCCUCCCCCAAACCCUUUCUAUAUCAUCCUCCUUAUAUGUGUACCCUCAUAUAUAAAUACAAGACCACCUUGAACAUUUUUAGUUAUAUUUUUACCCAUCACCCUUCUAGUUAGUGCAAAAACUUAUUGCGCGGCAACAAGUUUUGAUUAAUUGAUUCUUUUAUUUAAAAGAAUUUGAUUAAUUAUUAGAGUGAGAUAUCAAUUAUCAAUUCAUAAACAUGCUUGGCGUUAAUAACAACCAUGCUGUGAUGAAGAGAAAAGGGCAGAGCAAAAGGGGUCACAAGAAGAACGUUAAAGUCACAUAUAUUUCAAGCCCCAUGAAGGUGAAGACUAGUGCCUCAAACUUCAGAGCACUUGUGCAAGAGCUCACAGGCCAAGCCUCCAAUGUUGCUGAAAUGUUCGUGGAAGCUGAUUAUUAUUAUGGUGUGCAUCAUGAUGAUGGAGUUCACAAGGGCAAUCAACACUGGAGUAGUGAGGAGGCAUAUUUUCCCGAGUCUACUUGGUUGAAACAUGAUGAUUAUAGCCACUUGAAUUCGAGGUCCUCCAUGGAGCUACUAACCGAACAUCUUGAACUUGAACUUUUGAGCUUUGGUAUGCAGUAGUUGAUUUACAAGCAUGUUUGAUUCCGCAUUAUCUUGAGGUAUUCCACGUAUUUUGAUACUUAGACGUGGAGAGACGGUGGCUACCUGCGUUCUGGAAUUCAUUCCAAACAUGGACUUAUACAUAGGUUAGUUUGAAUAAAUUUCUUGGACGAUAUUUAUAGAAUAAGAAAAUAAAAAAGUUAAAUGAAGUAAACUUUUAGUAUAAAUUAAAAUCAAUUUAUGUACUUUUUUAUGUGCAUAAAUUGAUUAUAACUUAUAAAAAAAGUUUAAUUUAUUUUACUUUUUAUUUUCUUUUUUUAUAAAUGUUUAUUAAGAAAUUUAUUCAAAAUGAUAGGUGAUAUGUAUAUGAACUACUAGUAGCAUAUUGAAAGUCACCUUGAAAAUAUAUACGUAUAUUUUUUUUUUUGUUAUAUAGUGGGUCCACUAAUCAUAUAGAUACAUAAAUAAAAAUAUGUAUAAGUAUAUAUAUAUAUAUAU